GCUCUUUUCACACUUUCAUUAAUUUUCGUGUAGAAAAAAUUUUUCAUCACCGCGCGCCAUUUUGUCGGAUGGUUUCGCGUUUCUUGCAGCUGACUUAUGAAAUUAAGGUGGUCAAAAUUCCGGUGGUAACAAGGCAGAUCGACCAAAAGGAAAAAGGAAAGACCCGAAUGAAGAAUCCAAAUGAAAAGGAAAAUCCGACUGCGGGGCUCCAUGGAGAACAACAACGGCACCGAUUACGUGCGCUUCCGGCAGAUGAAAAUGAAGAUCUUUUCGAUGGGGAUCCAGUUUUGAGCAAGUUAUGCAACCAGGUGAUACGAGAACCCACGACUGGUUUUGGACGAAACCAUCCCGGAGCUGGAAAAGAUGGAUUAGAUGGAGAUGUGCCGGAGCCGUGGUUGCGCCGAAGGAGCCCCGCAAAAACGCCGUGCAAAAUAGAAAAAAAAUGUUUAGGUGAGUGUGUAUCAGCAUAGUGUU